GCAGCCGCUUAGCCACUGCCGAUUCAACUUUCAAGCAGGUGGACGUGACAGCGAGAGUAAAGUGAUUAUUGAUACUGCGGGCUUGAGCUCAGCUCAGCCGGAGUUUAUCUGAACUCCUCGCCUCCCUUGCAGGAUGUUGAGGAGCCAUCGGAUCCUGACUUGGUCUUGCCCCAUAAGAUCGUUACAGCUGCAGAGAGACUCUCAUCUCUCUGCUUUCUGUGAUCUCACAUGUGCUGGAUGGCGGGGAGCAAAUCACGAGAAAGAAAUAAGUGGAACAGGCAACCAUGAGGAUGGGUCAUCCACAGAGACUGCAUAUUCUUCGGCACCACUGUCUUCUUUUAGUUUCAGGGAUAAGCAAAGAGAGGCUCCACUUGAAAAUGUAUCCAAAGCCAUUUUGUUAAGCCAUCAUCACCAACACCAUCUUUCUACAAAACCCAAGCAAGUGUGUGAUCCUGUGGGCACCCACGGAGACUGUUUAACUAAAAUAACCUGCCUUCAGCGCUGGAGAAGGCCUUGGGAGUUUUGCCAGCCUUCUCUCAGCCACAACAGUAAGACCCGGAGUAGCCUUCUUCUAAGCCAUUUAAGCCAUAGACAAGACUGUGUUAGACCCCUCAGCUUGUCAGCACAUAUUCCCUGGAUUAUGACGCACACACAAAAUAGACUGCAACUCCCUAGUCUCCACCAAACCAUAGCUACUCAUCAGGCCGCUGCUUGCGUGUCGGAUACCUGGAGAGACUGCUUAUCCCCAGAGAAUGAACACAGAUGUCGACAGUGCUUGGGGCCUAACUUGAAGCUCUACGAGCUGCAAAAGGGGAGAAAAGAAGGAAAUCAGAAAUGGGCUUCCAUCCUGGUCUCCCUCUGCUCUCUUGAUGGUGAGCCUGUGUUUCUCUUCACUCUGCGGUCCAGCACUCUGAAGGGCAGGCACAAGGGCGAUGUCAGCUUUGCUGGAGGAAAGAGCGAUCCUUCGGACAGAGAUGUGGUGGACACAGCAUUGCGGGAAGCCAGGGAGGAGCUGGGUGUAAAUGUGGGAACAGAAAAGGUGUGGGGUGUCCUGAAGCCCCUUAGGGAUGUGUCGGGGAUGGUUAUCGCUCCUGUGCUGGCUCACCUCGGUCCUCUAGAGGAGCUGAACUUCAAGCCAAACCCUGGAGAGGUGGACGAGAUCUUCACCCUGUCCUUGUCCCAUUUGUGUAACCCCCAAAACAGAGGCUACACACACUUCCGCACCGGUGACAAGUAUGGAUACACACUUCCGGUGUUUAGGAAUGGCAAACACCGAGUGUGGGGCCUGACUGCUGUUGCUCUCGACCAUACCCUGAAACUCAUAGUCCCUCCGUAGCAGUGCUGUUUGUUGGAGACUCGAGGAUUAUCCUGACAAAUUCAAGCUUUGAAUCAGGAAUCCAAGCAAAUCCCAAACUGUUUAAUUCAGCCACUUUUUUAAGAAAGUAAAUUCCUCACUUGUUUUUUUUUUUUUUUUUUUUUUUAAGAGUGAGGAGGAAGUCUCUUUCUGCUUGUGCACUUUCUGAGCCUUAAAUUUGUGUAGGUAUAUUUUUAAAAAGCAGGGGUUGGAAGUUUUUUCAACUAACAGCAUGGACCUGCUGGGUCAUUAUUAUACUCACCAAGUCUUAUUUGAACCUUUUAAGUUUUAAACUUCAAAUCCCCGAAUUUAUUUAAAUUUAUUAAAAGUUAUGACUUGAGUUAAAGCUAAAUCGGUGACUUACUUUCUCAGCUCAAUUAUGUCGUGACUAUGACGUGUUGUCAGGCCAACAGAGUGUAGCUUUAACAGAGUGUAAUUCAGCCCGUGCCUGGUUCCUGUGUGAUACAUUAGAUCAAGUUUACUGUAGUAAUCAGAGUAUUUAGCAGUAAUGUGGUGUGUCGAAAAA